AUGCUAUUUGCAUGGGUUGUGCCCACAGCAGUUUGGUUGUUGGUGCACUUCACCACAGAAGCGUGCAGGAACAGGAACAUGCCUGUUAGCAAACCUUCCCGUGGUGCUGCAGAAAUAUGUGACAAAGGGAACAUGACUGCUGACCCUGCUCCUCACGUCCAGCCUGGGACCAACGUCACCCUCUGGUGCCAGCUGAACCCCCCGUGGCACACUCCGCAGUGCAGGACGGCGAUUUUCUUUAACAGCUCUGAACUAAUUAACAAUUACAGCAGCUCCGUCAGCACCCGCUUUCCGGUCCGUUCCUACGGCAAACACAUGUUCACCUGCAAAACAGUGUGUGAAUACAGGAAAAAACUCAUCUGUGGAAUCGAUAUAGAAGCUGGAAAUCCUCCAGAUGAGCCAAGCAAUGUGUCGUGUAUCCAGGACGGGACAGAGGGGCAUCCCACCUGCACCUGGGAUAAGGGAAGGCUCACGUACAUCAACACCACCUAUGUAAUACAGCUAUCAAAUGGAACAGAUGUCUUCUGUGUUCCAGAAGAAAAUCUGAAUAAGAGGUUUGGCACGCUGGCUCUGAGCAAGUUGGAUUUUGACUCGGCUUACACCCUUGUGGUUGCCGCCUCCAACGAGCUAGGAAGUGCUUUUUCACAGCCACUCAUCUUCAUGUUACUCGACAUAGUGAAACCACAUCCUCCCAACUUUUCAGUGGAAUUUGCAAACUCUUCUGCCACCAACUGCACCUUUAUUUGGCACGGUGAAGCACGAGCGCGGCACUGCAGGCUGAGAUACCGUCCUCUCACCAGGCACACCUGGAGCACGGUUGAAAACUUAAACAGUGAAAAAUACAGUCUUGAUGAUCUGGAACCUCACACAGCCUACGAGUUUCAGGUCAGCUGUAAAAUUCACCCCGAGCGAGGACUGUGGAGUAACUGGAGCACGUACCAAGCCCAGACUCCAGAAGCAG